UCAUCUCAUCUCCAAAGACUCACACUUUUGCUUCUCUGAUCUUCUUCACCCUAAAUCAAGCUCAGACAGAUCAUAUAUAAUGGCAGGUGUUCAAUCUUCAAGCUUCUUGAUUUCAUCAUCAUCUUCUUCUUCUACCUCAUUUUCACAGAGAAAACCGAUCAGAGCGGCCAUUAAUUUCCCCAGAAUUGGGAGGAGAACUAACAUCUCCCUCCCCACUCUUCAGACAAAAGGAUUGGUAGAGGAAUUAGGGUUGAAAAGUACCGGGUUUACCCCCAUAACCGAAAACCUCCGGCCAACAAGGACGGUUGACCAGGUCAACGCCCGUCCUGAUCCGUUAGUUGUCGCCAAACUUUACGCCAUCUUGGAAGCGGUUGCGGAUAGAGUGGAGAUGCACAAAAACAUUGGGGAACAAAGAGACAAUUGGAACAGUCUAUUGUUGACCUCCAUCAACGGGAUUAUUCUCGCCGCCGCCGCAAUGGCCGGAAUCGCCGCCGGCGGCGGAGCCGAGGUGGCGCUCAAGCUCUCCUCCACCCUAAUGUACUUAGGAGCGACGGGGAUGCUCACAAUCAUGAACAAAAUCCAACCGUCCCAGUUGGUUGAAGAGCAACGAAACGCGACGAGGCUUUUCAAGAAUCUGUACAACGAAAUCCAAACAACGUUGUCAAUCGGUCACCCCACGGUUAGCGAUGUUAAAGAUGCGAUGGAGAGAGUUUUGGCUCUGGACAGGGCCUUCCCUCUGCCCCUCCUCGGAGCCAUGCUCGAGAAAUUCCCGGAGACGGCGGAGCCGGCCGUCUGGUGGCCGGAGCAGCGCCGGAGACCGGCCCGGAGAAUCGGAGGAAACAACAACAACGACUGGAACGGCUGGAACGGGAAACUGGAGGACGACCUGAAAGAAAUCACACAAGUUCUGAGAGUAAAAGAUAAAGAAGACUACCUAAGACUAGGCCAAAAAGCCUUGAAAAUCAACAAAAUUUUAGCCAUUUCAGGCCCUCUACUAACUAGCUUGGGCGCAGUGGGAUCUUGCCUGGUUGGAUCAUCUUCCUGGGCUGCAAUCCUGGGAGUCACGGCGGGGGCGUUAGCCAGCGUUGUGAACACAUUCCAGCACGGCGGACAAGUGGGAAUGGUGUUCGAGAUGUAUAGGUGCAAUGCCGGCUUCUUUCAGCUCAUUGAACAAUCCAUAGACUCAAACCUUAGUGAAAAGGACAUGGAGAGAAGGGAAAAUGGUGAAGUUUUUGAAAUGAAGGUGGCUUUGAAGCUUGGAAGGAGCCUUUCAGAGCUCAGAGAUCUUGCAGCUAAAUCUUCCCACAAGAAACAAGACAUUGACGAGUUUGGGAGCAAGCUUUUCUAAUUUAAUUUCUUUCCCAUAGACAAUUUUCGGGAGAAUCGAAAACCUGUAUGUAGCAGUUACUGAACCCCAUAGAGAAACAGCUUUUACUGGGAGUUAAACUUAGAAAGCAAACGAAUGAAUGUACAUAAGUCUCAGGUGUAAUUGAGUAGAGAAUACAAUCAAUCAAUUAUUCAUGAAAA